AACCACACCAGUCACAACGGAGAAGACAACACUUCCAACAACAAUAGUCCCAACAACACACAUAUCUACUGAAAGAACUACAGCGCAGACCACCGAAAGGACAAGUUUACCAACUACCAUUGUGACGACUCAAAAAUCAACACAACAAACUACCCGUAAAUCUACGCUACCAUCCACAGUACACCCUACAACCUUGCUCACCACGGAGAAAACCACAGGAGUCACAACUAUCCCAACGACAAUUCGCCCAACGACACAAGUAACAACUCUCUCAACAACACAAGUAACAACACUCCCAACAACGAUACAGCCAACAACACAAAUUACCACAGAGAAAACUACGCCAGUCACAACAGAGAAGACAACACUUCCAACAACAAUAGUCCCAACAACACACAUAUCUACGGAAGAAACUACAGCACAGACCACCGAAAAGACAACUAUACCAACUACCAUUGUGACGACUCAAAAAUCAACACAACAAACUACUGAAAAGACAACGAUACCAACCACAUUGCAACCUACAACAGAGGCUACAACAGAGAAAACAACUGGAUUCACCACUAUCUCAACGACACAAGUAACAACUCUCCCAACCACGAUUAAGCCAACGACACAAUUCACCACAGACAAAACUACGCGGCAAACAACGGAGAAGACAACACUUCCAACAACAAUAGUCCCAACAACACACAUAUCUACUGAAAGAACUACAGCGCAGACCACCGAAAGGACAAGUUUACCAACUACCAUUGUGACGACUCAAAAAUCAACACAACAAACUACCCGUAAAUCUACGCUACCAUCCACAGUACACCCUACAACCUUGCUCACCACGGAGAAAACCACAGGAGUCACAACUAUCCCAACGACACUUCGCCCAACAACACAAGUAACAACUCUCUCAACAACACAAGUAACAACACUCCCAACAACGAUACAGCCAACAACACAAAUUACCACAGAGAAAACUACGCCAGUCACAACGGAGAAGACAACACUCCCAACAACAAUAGUCCCAACAACACACAUAUCUACGGAAGAAACUACAGCACAGACCACCGAAAAGACAACUAUACCAACUACCAUGGUGACGACUCAAAAAUCAACACAACAAACUACUGAAAAGACAACGAUACCAACCACAUUUCAGCCUACAACAGAGGCUACAACAGAGGAAACAACUGGAUUCACCACUAUCUCAACGACACAAGUAACAACUCUCCCAACCACGAUUAAGCCAACGACACAAUUUACCACAGACAAAACUACGCGGCAAACAACAGAGAAGACAACACUUCCAACAACAAUAGUCCCAACAACACACAUCUCUACUGAAAGAACUACAGCGCAGACCACCGAAAGGACAAGUUUACCAACUACCAUUGUGACGACUCAAAAAUCAACACAACAAACUACCCGUAAAUCUACGCUACCAUCCACAGUACACCCUACAACCUUGCUCACCACGGAGAAAACCACAGGAUUCACAACUAUCCCAACGACACUUCGCCCAACAACACAAGUAACAACUCUCCCAACAACACAAGUAACAACACUCCCAACAACGAUAAAACCAACGACACAAAUUACCACAGAGAAAACUACGCCAGUCACAACAGAGAAGACAACACUUCCAACAACAAUAGUCCCAACAACACACAUAUCUACGGAAGAAACUACAGCACAGACCACCGAAAAGACAACUCUACCAACUACCAUUGUGACGACUCAAAAAUCAACACAACAAACUACUCAAAAGACAACGGUACCAUCCACAUUGCAACCUACAACGGAAAAAACAACAGAGAAAACCACGGGAUUCACCACCAUCCCAACGACAAUUCGUCCAACUACACAAGUAACAACUCUCCAAACAACACAAGUAACAACUCUCCCAACCACGAUAAAGCCAUCAACACAAUUUACAACAGAGAAAACCACAGGAUUCACCACAAUCCCGACGACAAUUCGCCCAACAACACAAGUAACAACUCUCCCAACAACACAAGUAUCAACUCUCCCAACCACGAUAAAGCCAACGACACAAAUUACCACAGAGAAAACUACACGGCUAACAACGGAAAAGACAACACUUCCAACAACAAUAGUCCCAACAACACAAAUCUCGACGCAAAAAACUACAGCGCAGACAACCGAGAAGACAACAUUACCAACUACCAUUGUCACCACACACAAAACUACACAACAAACUACCCAUAGAUCGACGCUACCAUCCACCGUACAGCCUACAACAUUGGUCACCACGGAGAAAACUACCCUGCCAACAACAAUCAGGACAACACUUCCGACGACAUUUAGUCCAACAACACAAAUGUCUACGGAAAAAACGACACAACAGACCACUGAAAAGACAACGAUGGCAACCACACAAGAAACCACUCACAUCACUACAGCUAAAACAACUUUGCUUCCAACAACAGAAGUCACCACAGCGAAAACUACGCCAGUCACAACAGAGAAGACAACACUUCCAACAACAAUAGUCCCAACAACACACAUAUCUACGGAAGAAACUACAGCACAGACCACCGAAAAGACAACUAUACCAACUACCAUUGUGACGACACAAAAAUCAACACAACAAACUACUCAAAAAACAACAGUACCAUCCACAGUGCAGCCUACAACAGAGGCUACAACAGAGAAAACCACUGGAUUCACCACUAUCCCGACGACAUUUCGUCCAACAACACAAGCAACAACUCUCCAAACAACACAAGUAACAACUCUCCCAACCACGAUAAAGCCAACAACACAAUUUACCACAGAGAAAACCACAGGAUUUACCACUAUCCCAACGACAAUUCGCCCAACAACACAAAUAUCAACUCUCCCAACAACACAAGUAUCAACUCUCCCAACCACGAUAAAGCCAACGACACAAAUCACCACCGAGAAAACUACGCGACUGACAACAGAGAAAACGACACUUCCAACAACAAUAGUCCCAACAACACAAAUCUCGACGCAAAAAACUACAGCACAGACCACCGAGAAGACAACAUUACCAACUACCAUUGUCACUACACACAAAACUACACAACAAACUACCCAUAGAUCGACGCUACCAUCGACAGUACAGCCUACAACAUUAGUCACCACGGAGAAAACUACCCUGCCAACAACAAUCAGGACAACACUUCCGACGACAUUUAAUCCAACAACACACGUGUCUACGGAAAAAACGACAGAACAGACCACUGAAAAGACAACGAUGGUAACCACACAGGAAACCACUCACAUCACUACAGAUCAAACAACUUUUCUUCCAACAACAGAAGUCACUACAGCAAAAACCACACAAGUCACAACGGAGAAGACAACGCUUCCAACAACAAUAGUUCCAACAACACACAAAUCUACAGAAGAAACUACAGCACAGACCACCGAAAAGUCAACUUUACCAACAACCGUUGUGACGACUCAAAAAUCAACACAAGAAACUACUCAAAAGACAACAGUACCAUCCACAUUGCAGCCUACAACAGAGGCUACAACAGAGAAAACCACGAAAAUAACCACUAAUCCAACGACAAUUCGCCCAACAAACACA